GGCGGCGGAGGGUUGUGAGGAGGUGAAGCCCGUAGAAGGGAAAGAGGAUGGCGCCGGCGCCGCGCUUCCUUCGAUGACAACUCGGGAGGAACCCGGCAGAGAGCAACUUUUCGACCUCAUUGUUAAUACUUUCUUACAAAAAAUGGAGGAAGCCGGCAACUAUCAAACAUUUGCAGGCUGCUAUAACCGCCUCUACAAAGUGCAACCAGAGCUCACAAGGUGUAUUUAUGAUCAGUAUAUUUAUCAUCUGCAAACUUCCUUUCGGGAGGAGAUCAGUGACUUGAAGAAAGAAGGAAAUCUGGAAGCACUUUUUAGAAAUCUGGAUACGCUUGUGGAAGAAGCAAAGCAGAAAGAAACGCCUGCGUGGCGCCCCAGUGGGAUCCCAGAGCAAGAUGUCCGUAGUGCCGUUGUGCCAUAUCUUCUAAAGCAGCGCAAGAUACUCCAAAAGACCCUGAAAGAGAAGGAGGAGGGGAAUGCCAAGCUGGCUGAAGUGGUGCUGGCUGGCCGAAAGAAAAUAGCAGAUCUGCAGGAGAAAAUCCGGAAACGCAAAGAAGAUUGGCAGUCCUUAGUCUUCCAGUUGUAUGAGAUGAUUAUGGUGAAGAGAGACAAGAUGCACCUUGUGGUUGAAGAAGCCUGAAGGCCAAGCUAGACCCUGGUAAGAAGUUGGGGAAGGGGCUUAACCCUUCCCCUGUGCAGCUUUCCCAACCUCAAAUGCCUACUCCAUAGUUGCUUGGCCCAUUAGGGGAAAGAUAUGGGUGGCCUGUUUGUUCCUGUUAUGGGUCAAGGGGCCUUGUGGGGGCCUGUCCAAUAAAAGUGUCCCCUCCCAGGGGCCCCUUCUAGCCCCACAAAUACGCCCCUUCUUGCCUCUUUAAGCCCUGGAGCAGGCAAGGGCCUUACUGGCUGCCACGACUCUGUUCUGGGAGUUCAACUAGGGGAGGGCCAAGAGUACCCCCCCUCCUCCACCCUUCCAGGAAGCACUCCGCUAUUGGGGAGGGUGUUGCCACGUGACGGGUUGAAGUAGAGAUGUGAGAAUCACGCGGAGUAAAACAAACCUGUUUGUUUAACAAGAUGGGCAAUUAACAGACAAGUGGGGAAGGGUAGAGAACACUUGUGAGCAACAGAUUUGGGGGUACUUCACAACAAGCAGGGCAAAAUUAAGAAGCAGGCAACAAAACCAUAAAGCCUCCUAACGUGGUUGUCUGACUCAUCCCUACCGCACCUGGCCCUUCCUGGAUCCGACCCAUCUUCCCUGGGUGAGGGAUUCUCUCCUGCUGGUAGCUGCUUCUCUGCCAUACAGCUCCUGGGAGAAGAACGCCUUCCCUCUUCAGCGAUUAGGGCUCCCUGGUCCCCUGGUGGUGGCAAGGGGACUGAGUGAGUGUGAAAAAAGUAUUAGCACUGUAACCCUGAAAUACAGCACUCAUUUCUCUUUCAAGGUAAAAAAAUGUGUCCCUCCUCACAUCUUACGUGGCGCUUGUACCUAAACCUUGUACCUAAAUAUCUUCAUCCUGAAGCACGUGUGCUGUAGUGGUUAUGGUUAGUGUUGGACUAGGAUAUGGGAGACCCGGGUUCGAAUCCCCAGCCUGCCAUGGAAGCUCCCUGGGUGAUCUUGGGCCAGUCACAUUCUGUCAGCACAACCUACCUCACAGGGUUGUUGUGAGGAUGAACUGUAGAAGAGGAGAAUGAUGUAAACCCCGUUGGGGAGAAAGCGUAAGGUAUGAAUAAAUAAACAAACCUUAUUUUUGUCUUUUAGGACUUAGUGGAGGGUCAGCAGCACAACACACAGCAGGAACCAGGUCCCGUCCACAGUACCUCCCAGUGGAAAGGUCUGCAGUCGCAG